AUGUCGACUCCCUCGACUGCCCUGCCAACGUUCUACUGGCUCGUAUUUGGCGUCUACGAGCCUUUGCUCACAUCGCUGGGAUUCAUGGGAGCGGUGUUCGAUCCGAAGCGGACUUAUGACCAGCAAGCACCAUGGCCCGCAGGCGGACCACCAGAUGCGAUGCCGCUGGCGACGCGCGUUACCAUCCUGCAGCUAGGCCAUGUUGCAGGCCUUCUUGGCCUGCUCAACUUCUUCGUUCUUUCCGCAUGCCGUAAAUACCUCGCUUCUCAACCAGCGUUGCAAGAAAAGAUCGUCGGCGCGCUGCUAAAGCCACUCCUGUUAGGAGACUUCCUGCACAUCGGAAUCACCUUGUGGGCGUUGGGAGAUAGCCGUUGGGACAUAGCGAGUUGGGGUGGUGUCCUAUGGAUCACGAUUGUAACGGGAUUCAGUCUAAUGAUUCCGAGGAUUACCUGGCAUCUGGGGAUUGGGCGCUAUGUAGAAAGGAGGGAUGGGCGUCCUGGAAAGAGCGUUUAG